ACCAACACAACUACAGCUACACCGUUAGCAUCUGGCUAAAACAGUUAGGAUUAGGAUUUUAGGAUUAGGAUGAUAAAGAGAAUUUUAUUGCAGUAACAAAAGUUGAUCAUGGUGAAUUUAUAUUCUCAGGAUUAAAUCAUGAAUAUUUAAAAAUCUGGGAGAAAAUCCAUCUGUUUAGUUGGUUAGGAUUAGGAUUAGAGAAAGUUAAAGUUAGAGUUAGUUGUGAGUGUUUUCCUUUUUUAGAUGAUGGACGUCAUGUUGUUUGUUGUGUGUGUGUGUGUGUUCCAGUAUAAAGGAGCAGAGAAGCCUGUGUGUGAGUUAGGGUUAGGGUGGGUGAGUGAGUGAGCGAGUGAGCGAGUGAGUGGAUGAAGCAGCAGCAGCAGCAGCAGCAGGAGGAGGAGACAUGGUGGACAUGUGGACUAACAGUAGCAUGAACCCUCUGUACUUUGAGUUCACUCUCUUCUCAGACUUCGGUCCUCUCAGAUACGUCUUCUUCUGUGUGUGCGUGUGCAUCUACGCGACCAUCGUGUGCGUGAACGCCGUCAUCGUCCUCAGCGUGUCCUCACACCGGUCUCUGCACCGUCCCAUGUACGUCUUCAUCUGCUCUCUGUCUCUGAACUCUCUGUACGGCUCCGCCGCCUUCUUCCCCAGGUUCCUGUGCGACCUGGUGUCGGACACUCACUUCAUCUCACGCCCGUCGUGUUUCCUUCAGAUGUACGUCAUCCACAGCUACAAAGGUCAGGAGGUCACCAUCCUCACCGUCAUGGCCUACGACCGCUUCGUGGCCAUUUUCCACCCACUGCACUACCAGAGUAAAAUGUCCAUGUCAGUGGUUGGAAGCCUCCUGGUGCUGGCGGUCCUGUACCCAGUGGUGGUGUUCGGGUUCUUCUUCUACUCCAGCAGUCGUCUUCCUCUGUGUGGACACGAGCUGCAGCGUCUCUUCUGUAAUAACUGGAGCAUCGUCCAGCUGUCCUGCGUGGAAACCGUCAUCAUCAACAAAUCUAGUCAGUUCUUCAUCGUCAUGUCCAUCUUCGUGCCGCUCUUCUUCGUCCUGUACACGUACCUGCGAGUGCUGCUGCUGUGUCGCCGCAGCUCGUCAGAGUUCAGGAGGAAGGCUCUGCACACCUGUCUCCCUCACAUCGUCACCUUCCUCAACUUCUGCUUCACCGUGUUCUGUGAGGUUCUGCUCAGUCUCUACAGAGUGGACCAGGUCAACGUGUUUGUGGUGGCGGUUCUGUCUCUGGAGUUCCUGCUCUUUCCUCCCAUCACCAACCCGCUGGUGUACGGUCUGAGCCUCCCGCAGAUCAGAGCCGUCGCUUUCAGACGAGUCAGGAUCCACACGAGGGUUCCUGCCAAAAACCUCACUAAUCCACACUAACGUUCACGUGUGAAUAAAAGAACUGAAUGAGCUAAAAUCAUGUUUUUGUUAGAUUCACUUUCACAGAUCCAUGUUUGUGUGAAUGUGUAACAAAUUCAUGCGUUCAUCUUCAACUAAAAAAUUCUUUAAAAUCUUAGAGCAAAACAUUUAUGAUUUUCUGCUGUUUUUUACAUUCACUCUUCAGGGUGAAGAGUGAACGUGUGAACAUGAAACUCAAACCUCAAACUCAAGAAGAAAAAAGGAUAAAAAAGUAACUUGAUCAUAAUCAUCCUCUGUGAACACAUAAACAAUAUUGUUCUCUGUAACUUGUUUUAUUAUUUAUUUAUUUUACACAUGAAAGAAAAUCACAAAACAGUACAUUUAUAAAGUUCUAAUAAC